ACACCGGAGUCCAACUAGCAUCGGAAUCAGCGGCGUCCGGGAGCAGGUGUGCGGGCGGCUCUUUCUCCACCAUGUUGCCGUCUCUUCAGCGAGGUCCCCGGGCCAGACUCGGCUUCCUGCUCGUGCUGUGCUGCUUGGCAGAUGUUCAGUCGAGUCAGGUGAUCGUGCCCAAGAGCGUCAGCGCCAUCCUGGGCAAGAACGUGACGCUGGAGUGCGGCGUGGAAGUGGGCUCCAACCUGACGCUGACUCAGAGCUCCUGGGAGAGACGCCUGCCGACCGGCUCCACCACAGUGGCCGUCUACAACCCGCGCUACGGCAUCUCCAUCUCCAAGGAGUUCAUCGGCCGCCUCUUCUUCCGCUCGCCGUCCUCCCACGACGCCACCAUCGUCCUGCAGAACGUAGGCUUCUCCGACAUCGGCAUCUACACCUGCAAGGUGGCCACCUUUCCUCUGGGAAACACUCAGGCGUCCACCACCGUCAGCGUCCUGGUGGAGCCCAAAGUCUACGUGUCGGCGGGCUCGACCGCGCUGGUGGACGGCGGUAACGAGACGGUGGUAGCCACUUGCAUCGCCGAGCGCGCUCGCCCUCCUGCCGAAGUCUCCUGGGAGUCAAACCUCUUCGGGCAGUCGGAGGUGCAGCUGUUGGACGACGUCAACGGCACCACCAGCACACAGGUGCGGUACCUGUGGCAGCCGACGCGGCACGUGCAGGGAAACACCCUCACCUGUGUGGUGCGACACCCGGCGCUGCCCAACGACUUCAGGAUCCCGUACCAGCUCAACGUGCAGUUUGCUCCGGACAUCUCGGUGGUGGGCUACGACGGAGACUGGUACGUCGGUCGGGACAACGUUCAGAUGACUUGCAAGGCCAACGCCAACCCCCCAGCUCAUCACUUCAGAUGGAUCAGGCUGGACAGCGAAAUGCCCGAGGGAGUGGAGAUCCUCAACAGCACCCUGCUCUUUCUGCGUCCGCUCCAUCGGAACGACUCGGGCGUGUACAGGUGUGAAGUCGCUAAUGACAUCAACCUGCGCAGUCGGGACGUCCGCAUCCUCAUCCAAGAUCCUCCCACCAUGCCUUCCACCAUCACUGCUCCUGUCCUAACUGCCUCCUCCACCUUAGUGGACGAUAAGGGUCGCGUCCUCUUCAACUCCUCGACACUGCAGCCCCUCCCUGAGGGUAACCUGGGAUCAGUAGUUGGGGGGGCCGUGGGAGGGGCCUUGUUCCUUCUGUUGCUGCUGACGCUGGCCGGCGUCUUGUACCUGAGGAAACAGCAGACCUUCCACGGGAACUACUACACCAAGCCCUACGUGGGCCCCAGCGACCUCCAGAAAGCCCCCACCCAACACGAGCUCCGUCCCACCAAAGCUGGCAGCAAAUCCACCCAGAAGGACCAGGACCGCGAGGAGUGGGGGGGCCGCGAGCUCAAGCGGGAGAGCGAGCACCACAGUUACGGCUACGGCAUUGAUGAAUACCCUGCCAACGGCUACACCCGGGCCAUGAGGGAGAGCAACCAGCAGAACCACUCUCAGUAUUCCAGUCCACGCCAGCCCAGGAACGCCAGGUACCCCCACUCACCCGGGCCCACGAGGAACGGCUCCUCCUACCAGUCAGACGACUGCUAUGACAGCGGGCCUGACGGCGACUACGUCUCUCACAAGGACGGCUCGGUCAUCUCGCGCCGGGAGUGGUACGUUUGAUCUGGAGCAAGGAACAGACGCAGGAACUGUGUAGCCGCCACAGAGGUUCUGUUCCGGUGGUGAACGGACUCUGAACUGUGGAACUGUCCCGUGUGUCCUCGGAGACCGACGUAGCAUUAGUUUUUGUGUUGAUCUGUACGUGAUAAACUACUGUUGCAGUUCAGGAAGGGAUUUUCAAGACUGAUGAAUUUUGUUUACACAGACGCCGCACUCCCUCAGUUUUCCGGACCCGGUGAGGUCGAAGCUUGUCGUUUCCUCCUGCUGAACUGGCACUACACCACGUUGAAGAUCAGAGUUGAUCGCUGGAGAACCUUAGCUAACUGUAUAAACUGGCACAGGGAAGCGGUGAGGCCCGAAAUCCUCGGUUCGGUUUCAAUCACAAGCCGACCUCUAAAUUUCUUCUAUGCAUCAUAGCUGUUCCCGUGACCUUGAAGUGCUCAUGCUCCUGAUGGCUGGGUGCAAGUCCACUGCUCCAGAGUUCUUCCAAGCUUGAGAGGUGGUGAGAAGCCUCUUCAAACUGUGGUCGAGUUAGCAGUGAUGACAGAUGAGGGACAGCAGGUUUCCUCGCUCAUGUCUGGACGUGGAUCUUCAACGUUGUGUAGUAGUAACGCCACUCUAGUUGGAUUCCAGAGAUGAAGUUUACAGUCACUGUGGUUUAAUCCUGGUCACCCGUGAGAAGAGUGAUUCAGCGUCCGAGGUUUGGCUUCGGAAACUGGGGUUUAACCUUCAGGUUGGUGGGCCGCCUCGCUCCGCGCUUGUUUUCGUCUCAGGCCAGAGCUGUGGGAAAGUUUGGUCCACCAGGCUUCCCUGUGACAAAGGCAGCGAACGCCGGCCUCUCAGUGUCCCGUCACACAAAGAAGUCAUUGAGGAGCGAGCGGGGAUAACGGCGGACGCUCUAAUGAGACGUUGGCGGCGAGCUGCCCGCACCUUUGCCACUCAGCGUUUGAAACCACUGCCAGAACAGUUGCUGGGCGCACAAAUAGAAAUCAGGGUUUUUCACGACGUGAAGCCACUCAAUCAGCCAACAAACCUCGCCGAAUACACCAUCAAAUCUAACGUAAGAGAAGACGUUUUCUAUUCUGCAGACGAAGAUAAGCUUUCGUUCUAACAGUGUUCAUGUGACGCAGCUGCAGGUCUUGAGUUUUAGCACUUUUUUUGUGCGUGUUGCUCAAAAACUGCUGUUGAAUUCUGAAUCUGUGGUGAUGUUGAAGAUCUCCUGAGAUGAGUGCAGAUGUCCAACGCAACAUGGCGGAAGUCUCUUGUUCUCGACAGGCGUUUCCACCUCGAUCGAGUUCCUUGGCUGCUCCUUAAGUGUUAAUGAAAGGUCUCUUUCUUUGAAGGGAGGUCAGGCCCUCCGGGGCGCUGUGCCAACUGCAGAUGCUCCUGUGGGCCAUUAGUUUUGGAAUAAAUAUGUGGAAGCGACUUCAGAUGAUUUAAUGUACAAGGCUACUUCAGUUUCUUCAUUGAAUUCCCUGAAGUAGCAGCUGCACUUCCCGCUGAAGAGGCCGAGAAAUAAAUAAAACGCUGAGUUAUUGUGUUGAAACGCUGGUGACACUCGCCUUCCUGCUGCGCAUUACAGUCAAAAGAAGUGGGUAAAAACAAUCAUGUUCGCGUCAGAACAGGAACUGAGGCAGCUGUUUCUCGUCACUGGCUGAGGAAGAAACAGAACUGAUCGGUCGGCAGUUGUUUAUUUUUCUAGCUUGACCUUCUGUAUAUUGACUCCUGAACUAGUGCCUUAGAUUCCUAGAUGAAGUUUCCGUUCAGAUUCCUUGGUUUCCCUCGAUCAUGUGCCAUGCUCACGUUUCCUCACGCCGCAGUGUUUGGAGCUCGAGUCCGAGAAGUGUUUGACGGAACUUCCGGCGUCCAGAGAAGCACCUUGUGUUUUGUGUACAUAUGGAAUAUUGAGUUGAGUUUUCCGAAAUGUCACCGCGAAUACUGCGAGGUGUCGGGCUCCCUGAGAGAUAUGAUUUCAAUAAAGCACUUUAGCACCUGUGAGUUCUUCUCUCUGCUCUGUGCUCCGGCUCUUUGUGCUUCGAUAAAUGACAUCAUCUCUCCCAAACGCUCGGUGCUGCAGAAGCACCCCCCCAAGCCCCCCGCCCUCCCCUCCCUCCUUCCCUCAAAUCCCACAUGAUGUAAUCAUGUUUCCUCGCUCCACCUCAUCUUCAUUCCUCUGUAGGAUCCAGGAAUGAUGCUGGAGUUUAUUGCUCUCUUUGUGCCAGAUGCUGUGGUGCUUGGUUCGGUUUAGCGUUCAAGAUCCCCGUCGUCUAGUCUCAGGGAAAUGACGCGAUCCUCUCUCUUCUGUUGAUGUUCACGUCGGUCCAUUCUGGAAUGUGGGCUCUGCACCGGGCCGGCGUUUUGCCUUCAUUCUUCCUCGUCGCCUCCCAGCUGUUAAAAUUAAACGCCGAGUGUUUGUCUGGCCCAAAGUCCCCACUCUCCAGCCCAUUGACUGUCCCCAUGGCAACAAGCUCAUCUGGAGCUGCUAAUGGAGGCGGUCUUCCCUCCGAGCGCUACCUGGCUGGUCCGGCCGGCGGGAUGCCGCGAGGUGACCUGACUCGCUGCUCGUGUCUGCCUCCCUCACUCCCUCUCUCUCUCUGACACUCGGGUCACCGGCGAGCACCUCCUCUUCGUUUCUCUUGACCUCUGCGAUCCCAGACGCGACACUCGUCCUUGAAGGAGACACGCUCCAUCUGAGCAGGCACUCGGCUGGCUGGCAGCAAUGAUGUCAUCCUGUGAUGCUGGAAUCAGUGGAAAACCUCUCAAAAAAAACAGCACAACAGUUUCCUAGGAGACUUUUCUCCACAGACAAAAGAGGCAGCAGCUGAGAUGAUGCACUCAUGCAGGACCAGUAUCGACUUGAGACUGGUGCUACAAACACGUCUUUAGCGGCUGCAGUCGAUGGUGUUGGUCGUUUAGCAGCCGUCGUGCUGUGACCUGACCAGAUCGCUGAGUUUUCUGAGCUCGUAUUCUUGGUUUUAUCUUCAAGUAUGAAAGGAAGUCUUCUGAAGAAGGGAGGAUGGCAGCGAUGGUACACAACCAACGCAGUACUGAAGAGCCUGACUAGCCUAGUUCAAAGCUCAACCCCACUUCUUCACACUUUACAGACACUUCACAACACCUCAUUCGUCAUACACAGUCUGUAAGAGUAAAGAAGUCCGGAUGACCUUUGAACUUUGCUCAUCAGGAUCAUCUGCACUGUCUUGUUGCUUUGUGUCACUGCCAAAUUAUUUUUUUAUACGAUAUUUGUUCAUAGAGUUAAACUGAUUCCGACCUGGAAAAUCUGUCGCUUGUUGAUGACAUCACUCUCUGGUUCAGUCCUGUUCAGCACUGUAGACUGGGCAAAGAUGUAGUGGGUGACAGUGGAGUCAAGGUCUGUUGUUCCUGCAUGAGAACUCCUCACCUGGCAUGUGGGCGAAUUGCGCACCUGGGUCUGAAACGCAGGUCCAACACGCUGGGCAGAGGUGACCGUCUUCUGGUGCCUGUUGUGGUGUUGGGUUAGACCCCGCCCCUCUUCUCUGAAGUGCCACCUGUGGUGGCGGAUGAACCUCACAUUGCAACUGCAACUCUGGUCGCACUUGCUCCUAUCCAACUUUACUGAAGUCAUUUUUCAGAAUCCUCUGGUUCACUGAAACCAUUUCAAAUCCUAAA